CAUAAAAUAAUACAACAAUGUGAUAGAACAUCAGCAAUUAUAGUUAAUUGAUACAAUUGGUGUCAAGUGACUUGACAAAAAAAUACAUAUAUUGAAUAAUGUUGUGCCUUUUAUUAAUUUCGUCAACUGUGAUUUUUGGUUUUUCGCGUAGCCAGAGUUUCUACAGCCAAAAUUUGGAUUUUGUAAAUAUAGAAAAAGAAUGGAACGACUUUAAGAGCAGAUUCAAUAAGAGUUACACAGACUACCAUGACAUUUUUAAAAAAGAAGCCUGGUUAACAAACCUGGAAAAAAUAAAAAGGCAUAAUGAAGAAGCUGCUAAAGGAUUGCAUUCUUAUUAUUUGAAAGACAACAAUUUAGCGGAUUUGACUAGCCAGAGCUACCUCCAAAAAAUGGUGAAGCUAACGAAAAGCAGACAUAGAAAAGUGGAUUCUGAAACAGUUGGUGACUUCUAUCACCAACUGCAUCACAUACCAGAAGAGAUCAAUUGGGUGGAAAAAGGCUUUGUAACGCCAAUCUACAACCAAAAAGAAUGCGGGUCAUGUUACGCGUUCACCGUAGCAGGUGUGAUCCAAGGACAGAUUUUCAAGCAAACACACAAACUGGUCCCUUUAAGCCCCCAACAGUUGGUGGAUUGCAGCGUCUCUUCAGGAAACUAUGGAUGCGGAGGUGGAUCUCUUAGAAACACGUUAAGAUAUCUGGAAAAAGCAGGUGGCUUGAUGGCAUACAGUGAUUACCCUUACGUUGCAAAGCAAAGGAAAUGUCACUUCGAUAAACACAUAGCUAUAGCAAACAUUACUUCUUGGAAUGUGCUUCCUGCCAGAGACGAAAAGGCUUUAGAAAUUGCAGUUGCUAAUAUGGGACCAAUCGCUGUAUCUAUUAAUGCAGCUCCUCACACAUUCCAGUUUUACCAUAAAGGAAUUUAUGAUGACCCUCUCUGUACCUCUUUCUCGGUGAACCAUGCCAUGUUACUUGUUGGUUACACAAAGGAAGCCUGGAUAUUAAAGAAUUGGUGGGGUAAACAUUGGGGAGAACAAGGGUUCAUGAAACUGAGAAGAAACCUUAACAGAUGUGGGGUAGCGAACUUCGCUGCUUACGCUUUAGUUUAACUUUGUAAAUGAGAAAAUAAAAAUU